GUCAGUAAUUUCUCGGUUGACGUUGACCAAGUUGAGUCUUGGUCGCAUAUAGUCUACACAGUCCGUGACAUGAGAAAGGGUUGCUUUCUUAUUAAUUAAGUGCUAAAUCAUUCCCUCAACCUUGUGCUCUUGAGUCUUAAGUCUUAACUAUUGUGUGCAGUGUAAGCAGUAGUAUUAAUUGACUGAAAAUACUAAAUUAUCAAUGUUUUUAAUGGAAAGAGAGAGCCCGAUGGAGGUAGCUUCAUGAUCAUAAUUAUAUUUAUGGACCCACGCGGAAAUUCAAAGGAUGGUUCCCCUGACUUUCUCGACCACUUCACAUGCAUUUGCAGUCCGUGAGAUUAGAAAGAGUUUCUUUCUUAUUAAUUAAGUGCUGAAUUAUUCCCCUCUUAUGCCUACUGCACUCGUCACUACAUUACCAUCAUACACACAUGUCACUUUCAGUUGCCGCUGCUGCUGCUUCUUCUUCUUCUCAGGCACCUCCCACUCAUCGAUACGAUGUUUUCAUCAGCUUCAGAGGGGAAGACACGCGUAAAGGAUUCCUCAGCCAUCUUCAAGCCGCUCUCCGCCAAAACCAAAUCCAAACAUUCAGAGACGAUGACGGCAUGGACAAAGGAGGUGUCAUCUGGGACGAACUUCUUCACGCCAUCAGAAACUCAAACUUGUUUGUUGUUAUCUUCUCCGAAAACUAUGCAUCCUCUAGGUGGUGCUUGAAAGAGCUGGUGGAGAUCAUGAAACGCAAGAACAAUAACAAAGUAGUGAUUCCAGUGUUCUACGGAAUAGAGCCCACACAUGUUCGCAAGCAGAGUGGAAGUUACCGCAGAGCUUUUGAUAAGCAUGAGAGAUCUCCGGAGGACCGUUGCCAUGUGCAACAAUGGAGGACUGCACUCACUCAUGCUGCCAAUCUUUCUGGCAUCACCUUUGAUUAUCACAGGGAUGAUGAAGCAAAGCUAAUUAGUGACAUUGUAAAAGCAAUUUUGCCACAUUGUCUGAAGAAGUGCUUCAUAGAUGGACUCAACAGACCUUUUAUUUGUAACAAAAACUAUAUCCGUGUUGAAUCUUUGAUGAGACGACGCAAGAUGGAGAAGAUUCUUGUGAUUGGAAUUUGGGGUAUGGGCGGUAUUGGUAAGUCAACCGUUGCUGAGGCUCUCUUCAAUAAUUACUCUUCUGAAUAUGAAGGCUCUUGCUUGUUGUCAAAUUCAAGAGAAUUAGGAAAGCCAUGUCUCAGUGACAUAUGCAGCAGACUUCUUUCCCAAUUAUUAAACCAAGAUCUUCAUAAUACCAAUAUUGGAGUACUAGACUCUCACACUAAAAGUAAACUCAAGAAGAAGAGGGCUUUGAUUGUACUGGAUGAUGUGGUUGAUUCGCCAAUUGCAACUGAUUUGGUUCCAGGUUUGCGUACUUGCCUAUGUUCUGGUAGCAUUGUCAUUUUGACAACAAGGGACAGGAGUGUGCUUACAAGUGGAGGAGUUGAACAAAUUCAUGAAAUCAAGCAAAUGAGUAAUGGAGACUCCUAUAAACUUUUUAGCUAUUAUGCCUUUUCUGAUCCCCAUCCCAAAAAAGGGUAUGGUGAGCUAAUAGUUAGAGUCAUAGAUUAUGCUAAGGGCAUUCCAUUGGCUUUGAAAAUUUUGGGAUCAUUUCUUCGCGGCAAAAAUGUAGGUGAAUGGGAUAGUGCAUUGAAAAAAUUAAGGAAGUAUCCCAAUGCAGAUAUUCAGAAAGUGUUGAGAUUGAGUUAUGAUGCAUUAGAUGAUGAUGAAAAAAACAUCCUUUUAGAUGUUGCAUGUUUUUUCCACGGGUAUGAAAUGGAGAAAAUAACAAGAAUAUUAAAUUCUUGUGAUUUCUUUGCAGAUAUAGGGAUAAGAAGUCUAUUGGACAAGUCUCUUAUAAGUAUUUAUUCAAAUGGUAAUUAUAAAUACAUACAAAUGCAUAGUUUGAUACGGGAAAUGUGUUGGAAAAUCAUUCAUGAAGAAUCUAGUAGAAAUGGUGGUCAACAAACAAGACUGUCGAAUACCGAAGAAAUUUGCAAUAUUUUUCAAGAUGAAAGAGUAAGGAAAUCAUGCUUUAAUGGCUUGGUCUUCAACAUGAGUGUAUGUCUAUAUCAAAAUAUUGCUUACAGCAACACAGUACUAACAUUAUAUUGCAAUAUAUGCUUAUCAAUUUUGCAGGAUAUUCAUGGAGUUGAAAGCAUGAUUGUGGAUAUGAAUGAAAUUACAAUAGAUCCACGUAUAAUCAUCAUUGCAUUAAGGAAGAUGCCAAAGUUAAGGUUACUUGCUUUAAGAGGAAAUAUCAACAUGGAUCUUGAAUCGAACAGCGCUCUAGAGGAUUUUCAACUUCCUAAUGACUUAAGGUAUAUUGAGUGGAAUAAAUGUCCACUUAAGUUUGUGCCGUCUAUUUGUUGGCCUCAAAAACUUGUUCAGCUUUUCAUGCAAGGUAGCAAUAUUGAAAAACUUUGGGAUACAACACAGAAUCUACCAAAUUUGGAAAUAAUUGAUCUCAGUGGCUGCAAACACUUGAUAGAGUGCCCAAAUUUGGCAGGUGCUCGGAAUCUCAAACAAGUAAGACUUAUUGACUGUGUAAGCUUGCCAGAUGUUCAUCCAUCCAUUUUCUCUCUUCCCAAGAUUGAAGAACUAUCUGUGGAAAAUUGCAUAGCGCUGAAGAAGCUCUGCAGUGACUAUUGUUCACCAUCUCUCCAUCUCUUGUGGGCCACUGGUUGCUCCAAUUUGGAAGAGUUCUCAAUCCCCAUGGUGGGUGAUCAGUCCAAUAUCGAGUUAUAUUUACCAGCAACGGCUUUGAGUGAAGUGCCGUCCACUAUUAUGCAUCUCAAAAAUCUUGACUGGUUCGGUUUUAACAUCAGUUAUUCUCUUCAAAAACUUCCUAUAAACCUUGCCCCCAGAAUUGCACUCACGGAUCCAAUAAAACAUGAAGAUGACACAUGCAUCAUCUUAAGUAGAAUAUUGUCCACCCCUGCCUUUUUGUCUCUCAAGGCAUUAACUUUCUGCGAAUGUCAGAGCUUGUCUAAACUCCCAGACAAUAUUCAUGUCUUACAAUCAUUAGAAGCAUUACAUGUGGAAAGUUGUCAUCUCAUCACAAGUUUGCCCAAAAACAUUAAGAAUCUUCAACAGCUCACAGAACUUUGGAUUGCUGAUUGUGAAGUGCUUCAAUACGUACCUCUACUUCCUCCAUCUAUUGAGUACUUUGUUGCAGUAAACUGCAAAUCCUUAGAGAUAGUCUCAAGUUUAACCAGUAAACCACCCAGAAAACACCAAACAUGGCUUGGAUUCUAUAACUGCACAAAGUUGGAUGAUGAUGCAUAUGAAGCAGUUUUGAAAGACUUGAAAUCCAGGAUACAACUUGUGGCAAGUGAUGGAUAUCCAAAUAAUGAAGCAAAGAAUGAUAAUAGAAUCUUCUUCUACUAUUUACCAAGUAAACAGAGCAUAAUUAAUGACUGGUUCCUUGACUACUACUCUAGAGAAGCUUCCAUCAUUAUUGGACUUGCUCCAGAUCACAAGAUUUCUUCUUUGUGUUGUGGCUGCAUGUUAAUUUCUCAAUACCAAUCUUGCAAACUUGGCGAGAAACAAGUGAUAUUUGGAUGGCAAUGCUACUUGGGAAAAGGUUGCAACGAAUGGGAAUGGAUAGCAACUUCUAGAAAUAGAGGACUCUUGACAUUUUAUAUUCCCGUCAAUAGGAUUCCAUUGGAAAUGGUAUCAGAUCAUAAGGUAAUAUGGUAUGAUGGAGCGUAUUCCAACAAGAUAAUGGAAGCAAUCAAAGAGAGAAAGAGGGAUACGGCUUGCAAUCCUAUCCUUAAAUUUGAGUUCUAUGCCCAAACAGAAGAUAAUGAAGAAGUAGUGAUAAAAGAGUGUGGGAUCUGUUGGAUGCAUGUAGAUGUCAAUGAUGAAGGGGAGGUUAGUCCAGAUGCCAUUGAUGAGGGAUAUGAAUCUGAUGACUUGGAGUUGGAGGACGUUGAGAAAACUGGAGAAAGAGUGGAUGUAUAUUGUUGUGCUUUGGAUAUUGUCAAUUGGUUCCAAAGAUUAUUGUGGGGGUGGGGGAGAUCAGAAACCGAAGAAGAGAUAUGAAAAAAGAUUACUCCAGAAACAGAAGAAGAACAUAUCCUGUGAGAACUGGAAGGCGAAAGCUUCUGUGGGGAACAUCUGAACUUCCUUUACUUCAUUAUUGUUGUAAUAGCACACUUUCCAUGAGAACACACCAAUCACCAUUACAGAAUUUUGCUCUUUGAUUGUUUUUCAGUUUCCCUGUGUACAUACACUUAUUAUUAUUCGGCAGUGCAGGUUGCACAUUGUUUUUACCAUUUUCACGCUCUGUAAUUAUUUAGCUAGUUAGCUUGUUUGCAAUAAUGUAGGUGUAGUCCCCAUUCAAACCUAACAAAGAGCUAAAUUAAUCUUCAUUCUAUCUUAUCCUAAUUAUUAUCUCCUUUUUUUUUUUUAAACAGUGAAUUGAAGAAUUCCAAUCCCAGAAGGUCCUGAACGACUCAACUUGGCACUUGCCCCAUUAUUGUAAAAGGUUCCUGAGUGAUUUCCUUUUUCUUUGUUUAGGGAGUAAAAUGCAAUCAAAUGAAUUUAGUGAUUAACUCUUAAAAACGUAAAAUAAAAUGUUUGAUUUAGUUAAUUCCCCUAAAACAAGACUGUUAAUCUCAGAAAAUGUUUAAUUUGAUCAAAUCCUAGGUUGCAAAAUAUAAUCCAUUAGUCUCUAGUGAUUUUCUUUUGAAACCAUAUAUUUGGAUAUGACUUGGCACACAGAAAUAUGUACAAGCUGAUUGCAUUUAGAAAGAUGCCAAAGCUAAGGUUAUUUGCUUUUGCUAGCAACAUUGGUUAUGGACAAAAGAGAGUUGAUUAUACAUUGAGUCUUCCAACAAAUCUGGAGUUGCUUAAUAACUUGAGAUAUAUUCAGGUUGAACUCUCCAUGCCAUAUAGUGAUCUUGAAAAGCUUUGGGAUGAUCCCUGGUAUUUUUUUUUUUCUUCUAAAUUUAAGAAAGAGAAUAAAUCUUCUGUCUAUUAUAUUAAUUAAAACUUAUGUGAUUAUACCAGAAUAAUUCUAUCUGUUUAGAGUUUACCUAUUAUGCAUGGACACGAACACAGGACACGUGUAACGACCCAAUUUCCAGUAUGGCAUGCUUAUACUGAAAUAUCAAGUGUUACCAACUUAAAGCUAUACUGACACUGUUAUUAAUAAUAUCAAAUCUGUAAUCGGGCUAACAAAACUCGAUUUUUAUGAAAAAUAUUCCUUAAAGAAAAUUCAUAAUAAAUACAUAGACAGGAUAAUAUACUAUAAUAUAUGUAUAUAUACAGCACCCAAAAUAUAAAAGGUUAGUUAUACCCUCACCGUUAUGUACAUAUAUACAAUUCAAAACAUUUCUGAGAUCUGGCCCAUAUAAGAAAUCCCUAAUCUGACGUCCAGACUAGCCUAGUCUUAUAACCUGAUCUCUCAAAAAACAAAAGUUAGAGUCUAAGACAAAAGAAACACAAAACUGGAGAACUGCCAAAAGAAAAUGCUGAUGUCGCUGCCUAAUCGCUGUCAGAAGUUAAUAACGAUGACAUCGGGUGUAUUCUAGGGGCUACCAUCACCGUUGCCUCCUACUGAAAC